AUGGCGUCCGGUCAUUCUCUGAAAACACGUGCUGAACAAGAACGGAUUUCAUCGUUUCUGCGCGAAAACACUCGAAGAUCGACUUCACAAGAAAAGAAAUCACGUCGCCAUCAGAGUGGAAGUUCUCGACGCCAUCAUCAUCGACAUCCGCUCGACCCUGUGCAGUCCGAUUCCGACUCGGACUAUCACAGUCGCCACCGAUCAUCCAACAAAUCAAAAUCGAAACACCAUCGUUCCUAUUCUCGUUCGUCGUCGAGUGAAGGUGACCGACGAAGAAGACAUAAACAGCAAGAAACACAGCAACGUCGCCAGCGACGACACUCAUCAGCUAGUUCAAGUCAUAGCUCGUCAACUCGUAGUAAGAGCCGAGAUAGAAAACGACGACAUUCGACUGAAGAACAUGAACCAAAACUCACCAAUACAAUAAUUAUGCAUAACAUUCCUUUAACUUACGAUGAACAUGAGCUCCUCUCAGAACUGUCGAUUGCUAAAGUGCCUGUUCAAGAAAUUCGUAUCAUUCAUCGAAGAGACCCUGCAACAAAUCUCCAAACGGCAUAUGUGGAAUUCAAUACAAUUCAAGAAGCUGAGCAAUGGAUGACUUUAACGCAGGGUACAUUUCUUCUCAACGAUCAUCCCGUUACACUGGCGCAUCGCAGCGACGACGAUUUCUCAUCGAACAAUAACAAAAGUAACAACAGCAAUACUCAUCGAGAUUAUCAACGAUCGGCAGCGAAUGAAUUACGUUUACGCGAUUGGGAUUGCUAUAAAUGCGGUGUACAAAAUUUUAAACGACGUGAUCAUUGUUUUAAUUGUCAUAUAUCGCGUGAAGACUCGGAACGAACACGAGAUCUUGACGGAUUUUCGUUUGUUGGAUUAAACCCAUGCAAUACAUUGGUAUUACGAGGUUUGGAUAUAUUAACUACAAAAGAAACAAUCGAAGCCAAAUUACUUGAAUUAACAUAUGUACAAAUGAAAAAUAUCGCAAUUGUCAAAGAUAAUUAUACCGGUGUUUCACGUGGUUUUGCUUUUGUUGAGUACAAUUCCAUACACGAGUCGGUAUUAGUUUAUGAAAAAUUACAAACAACAACACCUGGAGUAGAAAUCGAAGGCAAAGCUGUGAUUGCUCAUUUUUCCAAAAACAACUUCGCAACAUCACUAGCACAAAUUCAAGAUGAAGAUGAAGACUUUUACACAAAACGAUCAUCUCGACAUCGUCACCGCCAUGAUCACGAUAAUGAUCGGUCAUCCAAUGUUGCGCAAUUACUUCCGUCAAAUAACAUCGAUCGUACGAAUACGGCUGCGGAAAUAGCUCAGCAAGCAUUGCAGAAUAUUCAUGCUCAAAAGAAUCGCCAACAACGUCGUCGAAAUCAUUCAAGUAGUGAUGAAUCAAGCGACUCGUCGUCGAAUCAGCAAAGUAAACGUCAGCGUUCAACCAAAACAAGCACGAAUGAGCUCGAACAAUAUACAACGCCAGAUCCAUCUAAAUUCGAAUGGUUUCCAGAAGUUGGUUACCAUUUUGAUCGAACGACAGGCUUCUAUUUCGACGCGAAGUCGUCAUAUUUCUAUAAUCCAACAACACAAAAAUAUAUGUAUUGGGAUCCAGCACAAGCGACCUACGUCCCUGUUGAAGAUACUGUAACUGCUGUAUCUCAAGACACGACGAAUGCGGUAGCAACCGAGACAAAUGAUAAAGUAGAAAAAGCUAAAAAUGCUCAAAAAGUCGCCAAGGAAAUGGAACUCUGGGCUAAGAAGGAGCGUGAAAAGAAGGAGAAAGAAGCCAAACGUAAAGCUCAACUGUCUGCUGCUACUGCACCUUCAACAACAAGCACUGGAGAUUCUACAUCUACUCUAAACACCAAUGCUAGUGGAACAACGUCGUCAUCAUCAUCAUCAUCCACUUUUGCAGAUGUUGGUCUUCUAUCUACUCGAUCAACUGGUGGUUUAAUCUCAUUGAAUUUAAUGCCAUCAAGUAGUGGCGCAUCUAGCACAAAUCGGCCAACCCUUUUAGCAGCAUUUGAUAAUCCAGAUUCCGAUGACAACGAUGAAAGUACGGUUAAACCAUCCACAACCGCAACUGGUAGUACGAAUAUUCUCGAUGCCAGCGAAGAGAAGUUAGUCGAUUGGAGUAAACUAGCAUGUCUUCUAUGUCAAAGACAGUUCGAUACGCGUGAAGUACUUGAGAAACAUCUGCAAAUGUCAAAUCUACACAAAGAAAAUUUGGCAAAAGCGGGCAUCGUUCGAUCACAGCCACUUGUCUAUCGUGAUCGUGCGAAAGAACGUCGAGAAAAGUUCGGUACGGAAGAUUCAGCGAAACGAAAUGAUUAUUCACCUGUACAUGAACGAACCCAUGCACCUCCGUCGCGACGAGUACCAUCCUACCAUCCACCUCCUUCGUCUACAACAGCACCUAUGGCAUCAGCACCAUCGUCAUCGUCGUCAUCGUCAUCGUUCGAUAGUGGUAUCGGUUCCAAGUUGUUGAAAAAGCAUGGCUGGCAAGAAGGACAUGGUUUAGGCAAAAAACUACAAGGACGUGCUGCUCCUGUCGAGGCGGAAAUGAGACAAAGUGGAGCUGGUCUUGGAGCCGAUCAAUAUGGCCGUUAUCGACCUCAACCGGGUGAAUCAUACAAAGAUGCUGUACGAAAAGUAGCGCGUGCACGAUUUUCCAUGAUGGAAUCUUAA